CACACUGUAUGAUCCUCCCUGCGUAAAGUUGAUAUGGAGCUGAAGUAGGCGCGCUACCAGACUUCACCUUAUGGACUGAAUGCAGUGAGGGUCGUUUUUGGAUUUUUUGGAUUUUCUGAACUUUACGCACAGACACUCAGGAGAGAAAAUGUGGAGGUACACCAACUUGUUCGCCUGCCUGCUGGUUUUGUGUAAGGAUGCGUCCUCACAGAGCAAGAUCUUUGGUGAGACAGAGCCCGUUCGUAUGACAUCAGAGGGCUCGGACUGCCGCUGUAAAUGCAUCAUGCGUCCUCUAAGUAAGGACGCCUGCCUGAGGCUGCGGAGCGGCAGCGUACGUGUGGAAGACUUCUACACAGUGGAAACGGUCAGCUCUGGAUCUGACUGCAAGUGCUCAUGCACGGCACCGCCGUCCUCCCUCAACCCCUGUGAGAACGAGUGGAAGAUGGAGAAGCUGAAGAAACAGGCCCCUGAGUUACUAAAGCUCCAAUCUAUGGUGGACCUCCUCGAGGGAACCCUUUACAGCAUGGAUCUAAUGAAAGUCCACUCCUACAUCAACAAGGUGGUGUCUCAGAUGAACACCCUGGAGGAGACGAUCAAGACGAACCUCACAAGAGAUAAUGAAUUUGUCCGGGACAGCAUGACAAGCCUCACCAACCAGUUUAAGAGAUAUGAGAACUACUCCAACAUCAUGAUGAGCAUCAAGAAGGAGAUCUCCAGCCUCAGUCUGCAGCUGCUUCAGAAAGACGCUUCUGAGAGCAAAGCACAGGAUACGAAUGAUGAGAAAACCAAGGAGACUGUAAAAGUAACCAACAAAAAGAACCCCGCAUCCAAACCCCCUCCCAAACAGCCCAAGGAAAAGGUCGUAAAGCCCAAGAAAGAGGUCGUUAAACCUGGAAAGCCGGUCAAGCCUGACCCUACAGCCAAAGCCAAGGUAGUUGGCCACCAGCCUGGCGUAGUGAGGGGCAUCACAUACUACAAGGCUGCCAAAACGGAUGAGGAUGAGCACAGAGGAGACCACUCUGCCAAAACCUACACAGUCCAUCAUGUCAAGGAAAGCCAGUCUGAGGACGGAGGUGCUGAAAUGGUACUGGAAGCUGCUGCGGCUGAUCCCCCCGCCUCCACAGCUUCCACCACAACCACAACCACAACUACCGCCACCACUACUUCGUCGACUACUGCAUCCACUACCGUCGCCACUCAGAGUUCAGCAGCUAAUGAGAGACCAGCUCCAACCAUUGUGCUGCUGCUGGACAACUCCAACAACAACAGCCGGCCCAUUCUUCACAGAGCCGGGAAGAUCCUCAACUGUGAAGGGACUCUAGCAUCCAUCGAGAAACCAGAGAAGCAGCACAGUUAUGGGCGCAACGAAGGGGCCUGGAUGAAGGAUCCGCUGGCUAAAGACUCCAAGAUCUACGUCACUAACUAUUACUACGGCAACAAUCUGGUGGAGUUCCGCAACUUGGAAAACUUUAAACAAGGCCGGUGGAGCAACCUUUUUAAACUGCCUUACAACUGGAUAGGCACAGGCCAUGUUGUCUACAAUGGAGCCUUCUAUUACAACAGAGCCUUCACCAAGAACAUCAUCAAGUACGAUCUGAGGAUGCGAUACGUGGCUGCCUGGACAUUGCUGCAUGAUGUGGUAUAUGAGGACACCACCCCCUGGAAAUGGCGUGGCCAUUCGGACAUUGACUUUGCAGUGGAUGAAAGCGGCCUGUGGGUGAUCUACCCUUCAAUGGACUAUGACUACAACCAGCAAGAGGUGAUCGUCAUCAGUAAACUGGACCCUGGAGACCUGUCCUUGAAAAAGGAAACCACCUGGAGGACAGGUCUCAAGAGGAACUCGUACGGGAACUGCUUCAUCAUCUGUGGCGUCUUGUAUGCCGUCAAUGUGUACAACCAGAAGGAAGGUGAGGUGAACUAUGCUUAUGACACCCACACCAACAGUGAUGCCAUCCCACGCCUGCCCUUCAUCAAUGAGUACUCCUUCACUACACAGAUUGACUACAACCCCAAGGAGAAGGUUUUGUAUGCCUGGGACAAUGGCCAUCAGGUCACAUAUCGGGUAACCUUUGUUGACCAGUGAGCACAGCUAGCUCAUGCCACAAAUACAAUAAUCUCACAGUAGGUCUGCCAGUAUGGCACCUAAAUAGAAAGAAGAUGCUCAGUAUUUGACAGCCUAGAAGCAGCCAUAUUGGACUCAACAGGACAAAGGAUGAACCUACACCAGCCUUCCAGUACCAAUGCAUGCUAUUCAAACACCUGACCUCACAGUGUACCAAACAUACAUGUCACAAACAUGUACUAGGACGUGUUUGUACAAUAUGCCAAUGGCAUGGAUAGAGAAGUAUGGAAAUAAUCUUACGGGUUGAGUUGAAGCUCAACGGGCAGAGCUUAUAUAGAUUUCUUUACAUGUUGAUUCAUGGAAUGUCAGCAGGCUGGCUAACUAGCAAACAGAUAGCUUGAAUAGUUUAAGGAAAGAGUGUUAAAAACACAGAUAAUAUUUGUGAUAUGGCCCAUUAAUUUCUGAUAGGAGAUACUUUGACACGCAUGUUAGAUUUACCAUUAGAUGCCAUGUUGGUCAUUACUGAGGUCUGGAAACCAACCACAACUGAGAGAAAUAGGUUUAUGUCAAUCAAGAUAGCACCAUCCCAAACAUAAGCCUUAAUUAAUACUUAAGGUAUUUUUGGAAGUUACUAGUCAGCAGGUAUCCCAGAAGCUGAUCUACGAGUCAAUGACUAUAAACCAUGAGUGAGACAGCAGAUGGCAAUCAGCUAAUGCUUUUCAAUGGAUCAGUUCAAUGCAAUCAAUUCUAACUGAAGCCAGCAUCUAAUUGCCUUUAGUAAUCAGCCAUGGUGGUUGUCAAUUGGUUUGAACUUUCAAGGUCAGCUGACCAAAAUAGCUAUAAUAAUACACAAUAAUAAUAAUUUUGCAUGGCUACAUCUCUUAUUUUUGCAGUGAGUAGCAACCAGGUAUCCUAAUCUUUCAUGCUUCAUGUUUUAACUUUUGCUUUUCAGCGGGCUUCAAAUAUUUUACAAAGCUCCUCCCACUGGCAUUUAACUCAACCAAUGAGAUUAUUCCUGCCUUCAGAGUAGUUCUAAUACUGAGAAAUGUUUGUCAAACUAAACUAUGAGCUAUUGUUUCACUUGCCCAUCAACUCCAUCCUGUCACCAAGCACUUUGAUCAUGAUUCUACUUCGUUUGUUAUUCCGCCCUCAUGAUGCUUCCUGUCUCUGUACUGUUGAUGUUGUUCUGAGGGGUGUGUUGAAUAUAAUAUGAACUCCAAAAUCCUAUGUACACAAGUCUCUAAGCUUUUGUAUUUACAUGAAUUAAUUUGACAAUUAAUAUCAUACAACAGUUUUCUAUUGUUUAUGUCAUUGUAUGAAAGCAUGCAGCUUUUGUCAUUGUCUGUAACGUGCAUAAUCACUUGACAUUUGUCACAGUUAUUGAAUAUGUUGUACAGUCAUGCUCGUACAAUAUGUGCACUGUGCCAUUUGCUGUGCCAAGGUCAAUAAUGGACACCAUAAACCUUUUUUUUUUUUUUUGACAAUGACUGACAGUAUUGCGUGAGGCACAUAAUGGAAAUGUUAAGUUUUAAGACACACAACUCUUACAGCACUGUAUAGUGGUGCAUUGGUCUUGCACACUUUCCAUCAUUCAUAGCUACAUCAUUUUGAAUUUUCAAAUUAUCAGGAGUGUUUUGUUAACUUUAUUAAAAAAAUGGAUUGCUGAUUCCAAUAAAGAAAUGUGUUCAACUGCCAAAUCUUUAUACAUACUCAUGAAAUAUAACACAACAUUUGAAACUAGCUGUGU